AUGGAGCGCAGCCCGGGCCCUGGGAUGCAGCAGGUGAGCGAGCGCGGGGCCCCGCGUCACCCGGCAGGGACCGAGGGCACCGGGACCCGGGCAGCCGGGAAGGGCGCCCCCCGCGGGCUCUCGGUGGAGCCAGCCUCCGGGGCCCCGCGGUGUUUGCGCGGCUUUUGCAGCAAAGCCCCGCGCUCGCCCGUGCACGCGCUCCGGGGCGGUGUCGCUUGGGACGCGGGGGUCCCGGCUGCUCCCCUUCCAGCUCGCGCUUCCUGCGUGCGGCUCGCAGGGCGCGUGGCCUCGCCUCCCCGGCCAGGUCCGCGUCCCCAAACGCCCCGCUUUUCGAAGUAUUCUUGGGGGAAAAGUAAUUUACAACCAUCACUUCUGCAGCUUCAGUCGCUUAUUACUGGUGCCUUCCAUGGUAAAAGAUUUCAGGAGAUACAAGAGUAUCUUCAACAGAAAGAAAGCCAAUUUCCUCAAAAAUAUGAUCAUCUCCUACUGCAUCAUCUUGACAGAUCAGUAAAUCAGGAACUGGAUAAAAAUGAAUUUCAGCAUGUUUCGCUGUUGUUGAAAUGUAUCCAGCGAUUCUUCAAAGAUGACCUCGGAAAAGAGGAGCCCUUGCUAAUUCAGCAGGGGCUGAUCCCAAAGAUGGCUUCCUGGUUUGAAAGGACCACAGGUUUUCUGAGCACUGACACCCUUGCCUCAGACACAGCAUUGGCGGACCUCCUGGAGGACUUCCUGGACUCUGCACUGAUUAUUUCCAGCAGUAGUACUAAAGGAAAAAUUCAGAUGUUGGACUCCUUCAUAUUUAGCUUAGGACUCCUGGUGACAGAAAAGACUGUAAAUCUCUUGAUUCAACAGGAGGCUCUGAGGACUUUAAACAGCAUUUUGCAAGGGAUACCUCGGACAGAGAAGAGGAGACUCCCUUUGGCAGAAGGCAUGAGCAACCUUAUGAAAGACUUUGCAAGGACAAUCUUGACUGUGGGUGAUUAUGACCAGCAGAUUGCUCUUUCGGAGGCGUUGUGUAGAAUGACAACUAGAGCAUCACGGGGCACCCUCGUCCACCAGUGGUUUGAUGACGAUGUCCUUGCCCAAGGCUUCAAACAAAUUAGGGAUCGAGAAUUUGAGACGGACAGUCGAAGGUUUCUCAAUCACCUAAAUGACAGACUUGGUGACCAAAGAAGGGUCUAUUCAUUUCCAUGUGUGGCUGCUUUUGCUGCUGGGCAUGAGAUGAGAAAGCCAGCAAAUGAAAACUUAGAGCACUUUUGGAUCGAUUUCAACCUAGGAAGUCAGAGUGUGACUUUUUACAUAGACAAUGCUGAGAGCACUCUGUGGGAACCAGUAAGACUGGCGAAGGAAUCCAUGCAUAACUUCAGCAUUACAGAAAAUGAGAAGGUGAAGAUACUCAUCAUUUACCUGAAGGCACCUGUGGUCAUCAGUAAGAAAGAAGUGAUGGACGUAGCGAUCCAUUUCAACUUGCAAGACCACGUAUCCCAAGCUGCUGCUCGAGCUUUAGGGGAGGAAAAGCAGGUGUUGCCUGGUCAGAUGAAAAUCUCCUUGGAGUCCUUUAGCAAAUUUGAGAAAGACAGUGAGAUUCCUAGUAACCUCGAAAGACAAACAGAACAGGCAGAAGAAUCCACUGAACUGGCGGAGUCUGUCAGUGCUGAAGUGGACCGCUGUGUGAUCACUGUCCUCUCGGGCCCUCAGCCCGGACCUCCUCAAAGAAAUACAGCUGAGCGUUCAUCUGAAAAAUUGAAAGAUGAUGAUACACAACAAGAAGUUACUUCAAAACAUGAAUAUUCUUCAGAUGUACAAGAACAGCCAGUUGAAAUUCAGACUCCUAAAUUAGAUGACAAAUCUAGUUACAGGAGGCAUCUCUUUUCCGAGAGGGAGCGUGAUUCAAGUUCCAGUGCCAGUGAACUAUCCUGGUUUGCUAACCAAAAAAAGAAAUCCCUCAGACCGUAUGCCAGCAGAAGAAAGCCAAGAGUGAGAAGCAGUACGAGAAUCUUGCCGCUGUUCCCUCCUAUUAGGGGCAGUGAACAUGAGAAAGGCCAAGCUAAACUUCCAACACCAGGAUGGCAAGAUAGUUCCAGGCUAAAAAAUGCCACACCUUCCGAAAUGUCUGAAAAAAUCUUGCAGGGUAGUUCUGCCUUGUUAAGUCCUGAGAAGUCUGUGCAGAAAACUGAACUUCAAAGUCCUCACUCCGCGAGUGACCUCUUUUCCUUUGAGGACUCAGAAGUUGAAGAGGAUUUGUCUCAGAUUAUAACCCAAGAGUCAUUAAUGGAAAACACAGGUUUUAAACAUAAGCUGGAAAACUUGGAAGACAAAGAUGCACCAGAAUGGAGUUUUGCUAAAGCCAAACAAUCAAGAUUGGAAGCUGGUGAUGUUCCAGGAUCCUCCGGCUUGGCAGGCGAUGUGCCAGAGAACUUAGAAGUUUCUGCCAUUGUCGCAGCCUUGGAAAACUGCACUGGGGCACUGAAAAGGAAAUAUGAGCUUAGUUACAGAGAGAGUCCAGUUCAUUCAAACGUGGCAAAGAAAGCACCCGACUGCCUACUGAAACUUCUAAGCCAGAUACACCUGCACAGACUGAACAAAUUAGAGGAUUUCCGCAAGUUUGUUCUUCAAAAGUUGAGCAGCCUUGAGAAAGAUAUUCUGGCUCUGGAACACCUUGAGAAGGAUGUUCUGGAAUUUUGGGAAAAACAGUCUGAUGAUCUGAGAUCUUUCUGUGAUAUGCAAGUGCUAAGGCUUAAUCCAAUUCAGCCUUCCUAAGGAGAGUCAAAGCCUGGUUUUGCUGUUGCAUCAUUCAG